AUGGUUGACAUACACAAGCCCUACCGCGUUCUGGUGGGGCAGGCGCUAGGGGUGAAAGAGGAGGGAGGGGAUGCAGCGGACAGGGAGGUGGUGGGGGAGAGGGGAGUGAGGGCAGCGAGCGGAGUGGGACGGGGUGGUGAUGACGCGGAAGGUGUCAAGAGGGAGGAGGGGGGAGAUGGCGACGGGAGGAAGAGGGCGCGAGGAGACGGUGAGGGGGAUGCGAAAGGGGAGGGAGGAGAGGAGGGGCUGAGGAGGAAACAGGUGAAGCACGAGGCGACGGAGGAGGGGGGGGUGGAGAAAGGGGAGGAGGGGGAGGGGGAGGGGGAGGGGGGUAAGCAGAGCAAGGAAAAGGGUGAAAAGAAGGAGCAAACGAAACAGUUGGAGAAGGAGGAGGAGGAAAAGGGCGUGGCAAGUGGCGCAGGAGGCAGUAGCGCAGCAGGGGAGAGGGCAGAGGAGGAAGGGGGGCCGGAACGGCCGCCUCUGCGCCUGUUGGUAGUGGGGCGCAAGCUGCUGCCCACGCCCUCGCACCGCUCUCGACCGCACUGGGGCUAUGUGGAUGCUGUGUCGCAAAACGUGGCGGACAUCAGGGCUGCGCUUGAUGGAGACACCUAUGAGACCAAGACACGUGGCACACAGCACGUGGCAGCAGCGCGGGCAGCAGCAGCGGGCAGGUACUUGAUUGUGAGCCACGUGCCUGGAACUAGAGGAAGCACGGGCCGAGGGGCUGCCCGCAGCAGCAGCAGCAGCAGCAGCAGCAGGAAGAGUCACACCCACCUGGUGUACUCGCUCCGGUGGUCCGAGGCAGCGGGAGUGGAGGAGAAGGCUGGAGGGCAACAAGGGCCGGAGGGGAGGGAGGGCGAGCAGGCAAGUGGCAAGAAGGUGGGUGAAGCCAAGAGUGCAGAGCAGGCAGGGGAGAAGAAGGGGGAGCAGGAGAGUCCACAGGAGGCGUUCAACAUAGAGAGGGAAGCUUCCUACGUGCUGCAGGUGAAGAACCCCCAGGCGCCCAGCAGGCCGCCCUACCUGGCGCGCCCCUCCGUGCACCUCCAAACCUUCCCCCCACCGCUGCAGCAGCGCCUUCACGGGCUGCGCUUCGCCCCCGCGGACCCACCUGGCUUUCUUGAUCACCCCGGGUGCGAGCUGCUGCUCAUUGCCGCUUCGGAUGACUUGCAGAGGGAGUUUGGUGGGGAGAUGCAGCGAGAUUUGGCCGUGAGGGGGGGUGAGAAGGGAGAGGGGGGAGUGGAGGGUGGGGGAGGGGGGGGGGGGUUGUAG